GAAACCAGAAGAAGAAAACCAAAAAUUAGCGCCUCGUGGUCAGAAAUAGUAAUUUUCUUUUUCUAUCGAUACUUCGAUCAUCACAACUCACCGAUUUUAAUUCAUAUAGUUUUCAACUCGUGAAAAAUAUAAAAAUAUCAAACAAAAAAUCAAAUCGUAAUAUCUCACGCCGCCGAUAAGAUCUCGUGUAAAUCGAAUUCGAGGUUUAAGAUCUUUCACGCAAACGAAUCUUCUCAAAAAACAAACUUGGGUGAUCAAUAUUCGGAAAUUGUCGUCUCUAAUUAACGAAAAAAUAACGCGCUGUGAAAUAAAACGUUCCGAAGUGCAGUGUUGAAGUGAUAAAAUUAUUCGCAAAAUUUUUUCUAUCAAGUCAAAGCAAUAAAUAAACAAAUAAAUAAAUAAAAGCACAAGACUGUUGUGAAAUCGCGGUGUAAAUUUGCGGUGAAGUGUCGGUGUGAAAAAUUUUGAAAUGAGGGAGGGCUGAGAGCAAUGGACCCGGUAUCAGAGGAUCAGAAAAUCGUGAUAUCCGCGGGGUUUUCACCGGUUAUGGAAAACCGUGAUCGGGGUGGUUUAAACUUGACGUCGCCGGUCGGCGCCCCGGUGAUUUACAGAAGCCUCUUCGACGGCUCGGAUGUAUUCGGCGACGUUGACAUCGAGGGUGACAAGAGUGCGGACGACAACAGUGCGGGUGAAAUCGUGCGGGUGACAGUGACGAGAAUAUUAAACGCCAGUGAUUACUACGUGAGUGGGGGUGGCGCCCCGACAACCCCGUCCGCCCCUGGCGCCCCACAAUCCGUAGACGACAACGUUCUGAACAACUGGUGGGCCAUGCUGGCCCUGGUCCUCGUCCUCGGAACGGCCGCAGGAAAUAUUUUGGUCUGCCUGGCCAUCACCUGGGAACGAAGACUCCAGAAUGUGACAAAUUAUUUUUUAAUGAGUCUAGCGAUCACCGAUCUGAUGGUUGCGAUACUGGUCAUGCCUCUUGGAAUACUUACGCUCGUUCGCGGUUAUUUCCCACUGCCGGCUGUCUACUGUCUGGCCUGGAUGUGCCUCGACGUGCUUUUCUGCACAGCGAGCAUAAUGCACCUCUGCACAAUAUCGGUUGACAGAUACCUGAGCCUCCGUUACCCGAUGAAAUUCGGACGCAACAAAACGCGCCGACGAGUCACCCUCAAAAUAAUAUUCGUAUGGCUGCUCAGCAUCGCUAUGAGCCUUCCUCUAAGCCUCAUGUAUUCGAAGGACGAUAAAUCGGUGCUGGUAAACGGAGCCUGCCAGAUACCUGAUCCGCUCUACAAGCUGAUCGGCAGUAUAAUAUCGUUCUACAUUCCGUUGGGAGUGAUGCUCCUGACCUACGCAUUGACGGUUCGUCUCCUCGCGGAACAGCGUCAAAAUAUUGGCGGAGGAGCAGGUUGGUCUUCAGGGUGGUUGGGUGGGCCCCAGGGCACGCCUGUAGGAGGUUUGGACAGAAGGUGUACAUGGAGGAGAUUGCUGAUGAACAAGGGCGGCGGUGGUGUGGUGGUCGGUGGGGGCGGUGCGGGCGGCGGGGGUGGUGGCACGCCGCAGCAUACUUCCGGCGCCUCGACAGACACGGAACUGACUACCAUCGACACGCACGAAUUGUGGUUACCGGAAAGCGACCCACCGCCUUCGGCGAUGUCGGCCCUCCACGCUUUCGGUGCCGAAAUGCUAAAGCUCUCGAGAGGUCUCGAAGGCAUGGCGGCGGCGGCUGCGGGCAGCCAAACGCCACCGACACCGAGAUCCGUUAAUCAUCAACACCUGAUGCAGCAGCAGCAGCAGCAGCAGCAGCAGCAGCAGCAGCAGCAUCAUCACGCGAAUCUGCAUCAUCGUUGCAACUUUCGAAGCGGAUUCGACGGAAGUGCGCCAAGCAGCGCAUCGGGUUCUCGAACAAGCCUGACACUGCAGGGAGUAGAGGAAGGAUAUCCACCAACGCCGUGGCGUCAACGACGUCGAGCAUCGACGUACAACGAGGCGCACCUCAGCCGCGUGAACACACCACCGCGAAUGGGCCGUAAACGAGCGUCGAGUUUCCACGUUCAGAGAGAGUUCACGCGAUCGCCAACGGCUGCUGAUGAUCGAGAGGUGCGGGAAUCGGUGGCGGCGCCACAGUCGACGGGCGGCGAAGGGAGGGGGGAAGAGAGGGCGCUGCCUCUGCCACCUCCGUGCACCUGUCCCUACUUCGGCGAGGGCUCCGAGCGCCAGCCGCGUCGUCCGUCGACCGAGUUGGUUAUCGUUUCGAGCGAUACGCUGAAACCGAUCGGCAAGGGGCCGCUCGACAUGGGCCUGCUGGCCCGGCAGCGGGGCCCGGAGUCGGGGUCCGUCGUGACGUGGAGGGGGGGACGCCGCGGCUCGAGCGUCGGUAGUACGAAGACGCUGCUGGCGCCACCUAGAGCCUCGCCGCUUCGUCGGGCCGCGACGAUGCGCGCGCACAACGGAGCCGCGACCCUAGCGGCAAAGAGCAACAAUUCGUCACCCUGUCUGAUGCGUUACGCGGGCCCAGUUCGAACCCACCAUUCCAGAACGAGUAGCGUUGUAUCAAGGAAUAGUUCACGGCACGGUAGGAUUAUCAGACUUGAACAAAAGGCGACCAAGGUUCUCGGGGUCGUCUUUUUCACCUUCGUUAUCCUCUGGGCGCCGUUUUUCGUCCUGAAUUUAGUGCCCGCGUUUUGUCCCGACUGCGAGAAGAGAAUAAGUCACAAAAUCGUCGACCUCGUCACCUGGCUCGGAUACGCCAGCUCCAUGGUCAACCCCAUAUUCUACACCAUUUUCAACAAAGUCUUCAGGCAGGCCUUCAAGAAGGUUUUACUCUGCCGGUACAGAAAUCAGACUUGGAGGCCCGCCAGGUAGGCCCUGCCUAAGCGACGACCCAGGGGCGCCGCUAGUCGAGUCUGACGAUCCUAUGUGUGGGUGAAAAAAAAUACCACCCGGUCUACAUUACGAUUCCGCAUAUUUUUUCGCGAACCGCGACACCGCGAUAGAAGAUGAAAAACUGAACAACAGCUGCAAACGCUCGGUGAUUAAUUUUCUACGUAACGUUUCUAGCGCGUACUAAUGUAUCGUUCAUUUAAAUCUGCGAUUAUAGACUCUCGGUAACUUCCCGACCUCGGGGCUCUGACCAGGCUGAAAAUUCCCACCUGGUGAUAAUGAAAUCGACUCACGCGUAUAGCCAGAUUUUGAAGCGUAGAAAUUUAUCAAGAGUCAACUGUGCUCGGGGUGAUUCGAUUUUUAACAGAGGUACACGUAACAUUAUCCAUACAAAUACAUUCAUUGAGUGAUAUUCUUUCAAUCUACGAAACAAAUUUCUUCUGUGUUUGAAAACAAAUUUAUAUUUUUGCUCUGAAAUAAGGUAUAAAAAUUUUGUUUCUACGACAAUCAUUCCCACCUUCAAUACCCCGGCACAGUAUAAUGAAUUCUAGAAUUUUGCCGGCCUGUGAACUCCAAAGUGGUAUUUAUCACGAUGUAAGUGUGUAUUAUAAUUUAAAGAGAAAUAACAAUAGUAAUUAUAACGAUAACAACAACAAUAAUGGUAAUAAUAAUAAAUAUAACAAAAAUUGAGGAUAAGAACCUGCAGUGCAAUAAAUCGAUUAUACGUAUAAUAGGUAGUAUAACGAUAGUGACUGUGAGCUAAUGAAUAUAAAUUUAGAAUAAUAUUGCUAAUAAUUGAAUGAAAAUUCAAGCACGCAAGCCAUACUAGAGUACAUGAAUAACAUUAAAUAUAAUAAUAAUAAUAAUAUCAAUAAUAAUACCAACAACAACAACAACAACAACAACAACGUUAUGCGGGAAAAAUUAUAAUGUGGAAAACCACAAACAGGCUGCUCAACGAGAAAAUGAUGGUUAUGAUAUUGAUUAUUGCGUGUAAUUUUUACAAUAUGAGCUAUCGACGAUUGUUAAAUUGUUAUAGAGAGAUCAUUGGGGUGGAAUAAUAUAAUUGGAUUAAAUCGAGGUUCGGUUUUCACGCUUCGCUAAUAUUUCAAUACGCAACCAGCUUCAUACACUGAUAAUAUUACGUAUCCUAUCAUUCUACUACACGUGACGAUUUGAGUCAUAACGAAGCAACGUUUUUCCUUCAAGUUCAUAAAUUUUAUGUACACAAAAUUAGGAUGUGUUUCAAAAUAACGUUUCUCUCGAUUUUUCCCAACACUGUGACGAGAUUCGCGGUAAAAUUCGUGAAAAAUUUCAUUGAAUAUUUUCCUUCCACAAGUAAGAAUAUUAAACAAAUCACCACCGGAUGAAGCAAAAAAGAAAUUACGAUUGCGACUCUAGAAGCGGCAAUUGUUAUUGUUGUUAUUAUUAUGAUUGUUAUUAAUAUUAUUAUUGUUGUUGUCGUCGUUGUUGCUGUUAUUACUAAUAUCGUCGUAAUCAUAAUCGCUAUUGUCAAUCUCAUUAUCGCGAAACGAAAGAUGAAGCGAUCGUUAUACGCGGCAUACAUUCAACGGUAAUAUACAGACAGCUUGUUUGCGGUAAAGUUUUUUCAGGCGAAUAGAAAAAAGAUUUGAAGAACUGGAACAACAAUGAGAUCCGGGAACAGCAGCAGAACGGUGGUUGAAUUUUAACGACAUGGACGUUGUUGUGCAACGUAUAAUAUAGACAGGGAGAGAGUACAAUGUGACGUUGCACUCCACAGUCAUAUACACACACACACACACACACGUAAAGUGUAACAUCCGUUCGGCCAACGGUCUGCAGUGAAAAAGAAAGAGUCCGUGUACGUUUGCAACAAUUUUACUUUUUUUUUUUUUUUUCACGAGAUAAAUAAAACAAACGGCGAAAAUUGCGAUUCAAAAACAGAAUGGAAAAAUAGAGAAAGAAAGAAAAAUGAGGGUAGAAAUAUUUCCACAUGAGAAUGACUGAUCGAGAGAAUAGAACCUUGUAAUAAAAUCGGAGUCAGUGAAUAUGGAUUUCAUUGUUACGGUUGUUUUUUUUUUCGCCCCCGCGUUUUAUUUCAUUUUUACCAGCCUGCCCAAAUGUUUUGUACAAAAUGUACGUAAUCAACGUUGUAUGGGAACUUGAUGUAGUUGGUAACAAUGGCGUUUUCGAGUGACUAUAUACGAGUGUUACGUAAUAAAAUGCUUGUAUAGAUUAAUCGACAACUUCGGCUGCAAUGCUAUAGGCGAAAAUAUCUAAGAAUAUCCACAUCUGUACCAUUAACAUAAUUUGUUUACAAUACGUAGGGCUAAAGAGCGAACGAACAAUCUUCAUCAUUAGAUUAGAAUUAGAGUUAGGUUAUAUCGAUCGAGUAUUACGCGGUAGAGUAAGACGAUAUGUUCUCCUGUUUUACCGAUUUUCACCUACCCACCGGUAAUAAAGAUUUCGAACGUUACCGACACGCGAUCGUUAUCGCGAAAAUUUUUUUGCAUUGGUGAAAAAUUAUCACAUCACGAGUGUCAAUUUCGCUUUUGCACGUAUUUUGUGAAACUGUAAAACAAAGUAGAGAAGUAUAUUUCAAGAUAAUUUGGCAAUACCGAAAAAUCGGUCAAUCCUCGCAUCGAUAAUAUAUUUCUCUGCCUUAUCGAACGACGGUAAAUUGAGAUCUAUGAAACAGGAAGACGACAAUUUCGUCGUCUACGAUUUUCAUUCGAAACGAAUAAUAAUGUUAUAUGCAGCUAUAUGUAAGUCAAUUGAUGUGCACCCAUAUUUGUAUACGUAUUACUAUUCGUACGAUCGAUUGUAUAAAUGUUGAGUACGUGAUGUAACGAAAGAUAAUUAAUAGACGGGUAAAAAUGGAUACGAAAGAGCUGUAAUAAGAAGAAAAAAAAAAAAAUAUUCCUAUACAUAAAACAAACAGAUAAAUCAAUAACGAAUAUAUAAAUGAUAGAUCUAUCCUGAUGUACCUGUAGUCUAAAUGUGUAAUUCACGUCUGCGUUUAUAAUAAAUCUGUUCAAUUAUUUCUUUUUCUAUGAAUGAUACAAAAAAAAAUGAAACCGGUUGAAAGGUAUAGAGAGAAUUGAAAUAAAUUUUUAC